CCCGGCCGGGAUUUGAGGGUAUAAAAUAAAGGAACACUGUGCGGGAGGCAUUGCUGAGCUGGAGGAGCAUAUAAAUAGUGUAAAGCUUGUCAAAUUCUCUCAUCGCUGCGCGCACAGUGAGACGUCGCUGUCUGUUUUCUCUCAAUCCCAAGCACCAAGCUUUCACCCGGUCGGGCGGCAGCACUGAGGUCACCAUGGCCGGGGAAGGCUCCGACCAGCGGGCGCUACAGUAUGAACAAACUCUGAUGUAUGGGCGCUACACCCAGGAGCUGGGGGUGUACGCUAAAGAAGAGGCAGCUCGACUGAGGGAGAGUGGGCAGAGGCGUUCGGUCAGUGAGCGAAGCCGAAACUUGGACCUGCUGGAAUAUGACAAAGGACGCUGUGCCAAAUGUCGCAUUUGCACGGUUCGCUGCCAGAAGUUCCUGAUCUCGAGGGUCGGGGAGGACUGGAUCUUCCUUAUCCUGCUGGGUCUCCUCAUGGCAUUGGUCAGCUGGGUAGUGGAUUUCUGCAUUGCCAUCUGCCUACAAGCACAGAAGUGGAUGUAUGGUGGCCUGGACAGUAACGUUUUCCUGCAGUACCUGGCUUGGGUCACAUACCCUGUAGUCCUCAUCACCUUCUCUGCUGGCUUCACUCAGAUUCUCGCGCCGCAGGCUGUUGGUUCAGGUAUUCCAGAGAUGAAGACCAUCUUGCGAGGAGUGGUGCUGAAGGAGUAUCUCACCUUCAAAACGUUUGUGGCUAAAGUCAUCGGCCUGACUUGUGCCCUGGGCAGUGGAAUGCCGCUGGGCAAGGAGGGUCCAUUUGUCCACAUUGCCAGUUUGUGUGCAGCUCUCCUCAGCAAGUUUAUGUCUUUAUUUGGAGGAAUUUAUGAGAAUGAGUCAAGGAACAUUGAGAUGCUGGCUGCAGCCUGUGCAGUUGGAGUAGGUUGCUGCUUUGCAGCCCCAAUAGGAGGUGUGUUGUUCAGUAUUGAAGUAACAUCCACAUUCUUUGCGGUGAGGAACUAUUGGAGAGGUUUCUUUGCAGCUACCUUCAGUGCCUUUAUCUUCAGAGUGCUUGCUGUUUGGAACAGAGAUGAAGAGACCAUCACAGCCCUUUUUAAAACUCGGUUUCGGCUAGAUUUUCCAUUUGACCUCCAGGAGCUUCCUGCUUUUGCUGUCAUUGGCAUUGCCAGUGGUUUUGGUGGAGCUUUGUUUGUGUACCUGAACCGUCUUAUUGUCCAGUUCAUGAGGAAUCAAAAGGCCAUCAACAGAUUCCUCAUGAAAAAACGUCUUCUAUAUCCAGCACUGGUAACUCUACUAGUUUCCACGCUAACAUUUCCGCCUGGCUUUGGACAGUUCAUGGCUGGCAAGGUAGGUUAAUCAUCAAAAUAAGAUGUAUUGUGGACAUAUUUCUUGUUGUUGUUACUGCACACAACGUCAUUACAUCUAACCAAGACAGGCAUUUCCAACCAGAUGAACUUUCCUAAAAAUAGUGAAUGUCAUCGAAAUCCAUUUGGAAAUCUUUUUUUAUAAAUAUAUCUUUUUCUUCCUAAGUUCUGGAUGUCUGCCCUGGUCACAACUAUUCCAGUACCCUGUGGGGCCUUCAUGCCAGUAUUUGUUAUAGGGGCAGCAUUUGGUCGUCUGGUGGGAGAAAGCAUGGCAGCCUGGUUCCCAGAUGGCAUUAACACAGACGACACCAUCUACCCCAUUGGACCAGGAGGCUACGCUGUUGUUGGUGCAGCAGCAUUGUCAGGAGCGGUCACCCAUACAGUCUCCACUGCAGUGAUUGUGUUCGAGCUGACUGGGCAGAUCUCUCACAUCCUGCCUGUAAUGAUAGCAGUGAUUCUCGCCAACGCAGUGGCACAAUCCCUGCAGCCCUCCCUCUACGACUCAAUCAUCCGGAUCAAGAAGCUACCCUAUCUCCCAGAGCUGGGAUGGGGACACCAUGAGAAGUACAAUAUUCGUGUGGAGGACAUCAUGGUGAGGGACGUGCGCUAUAUCACACUCAACUGCUGCUACAGAGACCUGCAUAAUGUCCUGCUGACGGGUCACCUCAAAACUCUGGCACUGGUGGAAUCAGCUGCGUCCAUGAUUCUCCUGGGCUCCAUUGAGCGUGCUCAGCUCCAGUCGCUGCUCUGCAUGCAGCUAGGACGCCCUCGCCGCCUCGAGUUCAUCAGAGAGCGGGCAACAGCAGAGAAGAAGCGCCUGUCUGUUGUCUCCAACUCUGACUGCGAGGAUAACCACCAGAGAACAAGUCAGGAGGUCCGCUUCCAGAUCUCAACUGAAAAAUCAUCAUUCAGUCCCACUCAUCCAGUUUCUCAGAAGCCCCUGAAACCUGCUCUGAAGAGACCCUCUGUAGUGGAGCGGCCCACUGAUAUCCCCAUCGGCUCGCAGGAUCAUUCAAGCAACUCUAGUCUAAAGAACUUGUUUUGUGUCGGUCCAGAUGUAGAAGUCAUGGAGAAAAACAACAAUGUCGAGAGCCCCAUGUCUCCUGAAAACAGGAGGCCGUCAAAACGAGUCCGGAUAUCUGUUGUGGACGAUGGCGAUGUGGAAGAUGAUAUGACGAUCAGAGAGAUUGCAGAGUGGGAAGAGAUGCAGCUUGAUGAGCAGGUCAACUUUAACAAUUGCAAGAUCGACCCCGCCCCAUUCCAACUCGUGGAGCGCACGUCAUUGCAUAAGACCCACACCAUCUUUUCCCUGCUGGGCCUCGACCACGCCUAUGUCACGAGUAUUGGGCGUCUCAUUGGGGUCGUUUCCCUGAAAGAGCUUCGCAAAGCAAUCGAGGGUUCUGUGACGGUGAAAGGCGUGAAGGUGCGUCCACCUCUGGCUAGCUUCCGGGACAGCGGCACCAGCAGCAGCGAGAAUGAGGCCACGGAGCUCCACAAGCUGUGGGAUCGCCAAAAGAGCAUGUCGCUGCCCGGCGAACACACCCCAUCGGAGUCCGACGAAAAGUCCCAGUGAUGCCUGAAAUAGGUGGAGGAAGCGUCAAAGGGGGACUUGCUGAGGGCCGUAAUUCCCAAAUUCCUUUGGGCUUCGGAUCAAUACUUAAUAGUGGAAAGAGUUCUGCUGCUCCGCCAAUCUUUUCUUCUUUCAUCCUCCUGCACUGUUGCCAUAAAUUCUACAGGAAACUCGCAAGCUCCAUUCCAGACACUCCACAGGGGAGCAGAAUACAUCACAACUUGUGCCCUGCUCAGUACCAGCCACUCGUGGUCAAGUCUUUUAAAAAAAAAAAAAAAAAAAUAAGGGAUGUUCUCAUGCAAACAUUGAUUAGUUCAUGUAUCUCGUAUUGUCCUGAUAAUAGUGACCCAGUCUUCCAUUUGGUUUUCCACUAUGGGUACUGUAAGUAUGAAAGCAUAGCUGAUACUGUAUGCAUGUUUGAUUAGGGAGGCAGAGAUACUGUAUUUAUUUUUUUUUUUUUAUUGUCUCGCACUACUUUUUCUUAAUGGCACUAGUUUUCACACUGGAAAGGUGAAUCGUUGGCGUUCUCAACACUACAAGAUUAUGAACGACGCAAGCAGUCAUGCCCAAGUUGACUAAUGUACACUCCUUUCCUGUGAGUCGCCACGGACAUAUGGUACACACAAACAUGACUGCAGUAAUGCUCUAAAGGUUUUCUGCUAAUCGAAAUAUAGCUCUUACCGAUCAGCGAAGGUUGAGAGGACGGUAAUGGAAGGAAGUGAGCAAGGGAGGGAGAGAACGAGUAACAGGAAACAAAUGGACGGCAGUAAGAUUGAACCUAUCGUUACCCAACCAGCUGCUCUCGGCCUCCUUAUCAAUCAGUCUUUGAUCACGAUAUUAGCUAAUGUCCAUUACUAUUCGAGCCCCCCCCCCCCCC